UUUGAUAGAGAAAAUCAAGGAAAUAAUACGGUUCUCAGCCCAAUACAUGUAUUUAUCCUGUUAAGUUCCCAUGGAAAACGCAAUAGAGAAUUCACCAUUACAAAAAAGGCGGAUACAAAAUAAGAAUUUCCAAGCGCAUCGCCACAAGUCUCAUUACUCUCUUUGAUUAAUGAGCAGUCCCCGGUCGCCACAGAUCCCAACAGUUUCAUGAUUACUUUGGGGGUCUGUCAGUCUGUCUGUGUCUUGUCGUGCCGAAUCGGAGCCUUCGCGUAGCAGUCUGUGUGACGUCAGCAGCUAGUAGAAAGACAAAGCUCAUCGACCGCUACGCGCUCCUUCUGUGGCUGCCGCUGACCUCUGUGUAUCCGAGGACCACUUGUCACCCAUUCGCCCCGCUAUUUUUACGGAAUUAACACAAUGGGGAGACUGGACGCGUUCCGCCAAUUUAAUUUACUCACCUGGCUCAGAGAGGAAAGGCAGUCGAGGAAACUUAUUCUCUUCAUUGUUUUUGUGGCUCUGUUGUUGGAUAACAUGCUGCUGACCGUAGUAGUGCCCAUCAUCCCCAGCUAUCUGUACAGCCUGGAUGAAUCAACAGACGGGGUGUUGAACGACACCUUACCACAGGAGCAGACAACUCCGGGAGCCUUUGAUACAAUUGUGUCCUUAUACGAUAACACGGUGAGGUCGUCGGGUUCCAACGCCACGGCCGUGUCAACUCGCGCGGUCCCGCCGACGUCCACCGCUAUCAUGCCGGAUGGCGGGCUACCGCAGAACUCCACCGACUGCCCCCGCUCGACCAGCAAGCUGAUCAACGAGAAUGUAAAAGUGGGCUUGUUGUUUGCCUCCAAAGCCACCGUACAGCUGCUGACCAACCCUUUCAUAGGGCCACUCACCAACAGGAUUGGAUACCAGCUUCCCAUAUUCAUUGGCUUCUGUAUCAUGUUCAUCUCUACAAUUAUGUUCGCCUUCUCAUCGAGCUACGCUUUGCUGUUUCUGGCCAGAUCACUUCAAGGUGUGGGCUCCUCCUGCUCAUCUGUUGCAGGGAUGGGAAUGCUUGCAAGUGUGUACACAGAUGACGAAGAAAGGGGACAUGCAAUAGGGAUUGCCCUUGGGGGUCUGGCAAUGGGAGUUUUAGUUGGACCUCCAUUUGGUAGUGUCAUGUAUGAAUUUGUUGGAAAGACUGCUCCAUUCCUCAUUCUGGCUUUUCUGGCUCUCUUUGAUGGAGCUUUACAGCUUUUUAUAUUAAAGCCCACCAGGGUCGAACCAGAGAGUCAGAAGGGGACACCACUGUUGACCCUUCUGAGGGAUCCAUACAUUAUAAUUGCAGCUGGUGCUAUUUGUUUUGGAAAUAUGGCCAUUGCCAUGCUCGAGCCAACACUGCCCAUUUGGAUGAUGGAGACCAUGUGUUCCAGGAAAUGGCAGCUAGGAGUCGCUUUCUUACCAGCAUCCAUCUCCUACCUUAUUGGAACCUACAUCUUUGGAACGCUUGCGCACAAGAUGGGGAGAUGGCUUUGUGCUCUUAUUGGGAUGGUGAUGGUUGGCAUCUGUGUAAUAGGGGUUCCAUUUGCAAGAAGUAUCUAUGGUCUCAUUAUCCCAAACUUUGGGGUUGGGUUUGCCAUAGGCAUGGUGGACUCUUCUAUGAUGCCGAUCAUGGGAUACUUGGUGGACCUGCGGCAUGUGUCAGUUUAUGGAAGUGUGUAUGCCAUUGCUGAUGUGGCUUUUUGCAUGGGUUUUGCUUUAGGUCCAUCUAUUGGAGGAUCCAUUGCCGAAAGUAUUGGCUUCCCCUGGUUGAUGACCAUUAUUGGAAUCGUGGACAUUUUAUAUGCUCCCCUUUGCCUCUUUCUCAGGAACCCACCCGGACAAGAGGAAAAAAUUGCUAUUUUGAUGGACACAAACUGUUCAAUGAAGACAAGGUCCUACUCCACGCAGGGAAAUUACAAUCAAGGUGAAAACAUGGAGCCCGAUUAUGAUGAUUAUGACUAGCCAUGCAGGGUCAAAUGAAAAAAAGGGUUCAGAGGAUUUAUUUUGUUGUAUAAAACUAAGGAACACGGAAAAAUACCAACAAAACAAAGCAGCAAAGCUAUUUCCAUGUGAACAUAUUGCAUUCCAUUUUCUCUAUUCGUUGUCUUAUUCGCGCUUGUACCAAGACAAACCAAACUCGAUCUUGAGCUGUCAUUGCUAGCGCACCAUGUCAGAACCAACAGCCUUAUUUGUUAUAGACCACUUUUUUCCCUCCCAAGCACUUUGUAGACAGUAGAAGGGUGCUCUGGAAAAUGUUCAUGGACUAUUUCAAAAUGGUCCCCAAAUUCAUGUCUCUUUGAUGUCACGCAAAGCCUCGUCUGUCCCGUGUUUCCAAUACAUUGAACUUGCCUGUGAUGUUUUUCCCUUUUGCCUAAAUUGCUUAGAAAUGUGGAUGAUGAUGUCAGUGACCGUUAUAUGAAUGAAUGGGAGUACGGUGAAACUAUUGAGCGGCGGGUCAAACCCAAUGUGCUGAAUUUGUUACUGUUUGAUUUACAAUUGCGUGGGCAGAAUAGAAUAUGGGAACUAAAGGUGAAAACAAAUUUGAGUAUUGUCUUACUGUAGGUCACCUAUUAAUUUCAUACUGCCGGCCCAUGUGCUCGUACAUCGUGCCAUUUUUAUUUGAUUAAGAUGUGCAGAAUUGUAAAGCUAAAUUUGUUGCUCUUCUUGCUUGCAAAUAUCAAAACAAAAAUGCAACACUGUGAUCGGUAAUAACAAAAUAAAGCGUAAGGGAGGAAAAA